ACUCAACGAUCGCAGAUAAACAGUCUCUCAGAGGGAGGAAGACAGACGAGCGAACGAAUAAGUGCGGCUGUAUCGCAAUUCAGGGCUUUUAUAAUGCAUCAAAACGCGUUUAUGGUUCUCAGUUAAAACGUUUAAGACCCCCCCCCCUGCGUGAAUACCUGUCAAUCUGCGCCAAAACACGUCCGAGAAGUUUUAACCCAUUUACUGAUGGACUGACAGACGGAUUCUCCUCAGACGACGCAAUCUAAACAAUUCACAUUUUACCUCGUUGUCUCAAGCAAAAGGCUCUGUUUUCCCUCAGGAGGACUUCGAGUGGACAAUUAAGACAUGUAGAGCUGUGAACAGCGUUGACCGGCGGCGUCUGGAUAAACAUGGAGCCUUGUGCCGAGUCUCAGGGAGAUCCUGAGAGAGCUCAGCUGCCUUAAUGCCUGGUGACGAUGCGGCGCUUCUGACCCCGGGAAGGAUGAGUCAGCGUGGGAAGGAGGCGGGGCUACACACGCCCAGUAAAGACCUGCUCACAAGCCCCUCCCUCAGCUACAGCCACGGUUUUGAUCGUGGCAAAGAGGAAAUCCUGCCUCUGAAAGAAGACUCCUCACUCUCCAUAUCCAAGAGCAAGUCAGAAACCAAGCUCUAUAAUGGCUCAGAUAAAGACGUAUCGGUGUCUGGAAACAAACUUACUAAGAAGGAGUCACUCAAGGUGCAAAAGAAGAACUACAGAGAAGAGAAGAAACGCGCCACUAAAGAGUUGCUCAGCACCAUCACUGAUCCGUCUGUCAUCGUCAUGGCCGACUGGCUCAAGAUCCGAGGCACGCUGAAGAGCUGGACCAAGCUGUGGUGUGUGCUGAAGCCAGGAGUCCUGCUCAUCUAUAAAACCAAUAAGAACGGCCAGUGGGUCGGGACCGUCCUGCUCAACGCCUGCGAGCUCAUCGAGAGACCCUCCAAGAAGGACGGCUUCUGCUUCAAGCUCUUCCAUCCGCUCGAACAGUCCAUCUGGGCCGUCAAGGGUCCUAAAGGAGAAGCCGUGGGCUCCAUCACUCAGCCGUUACCCAGCAGCCACCUGAUCUUCAGAGCAGCUUCAGAAUCAGACGGCCGCUGUUGGAUGGACGCUCUUGAACUGGCUCUGAAAUGCUCGAGUUUGCUGAAGCGAACGAUGAUCCGAGAGGGCAAAGAGGAGACGGCGCAGAACGCCGAGCACUCGCACAUCAACUUCUACAGUCUGCUGAGGGCACACAACAUGCAGGGCUUUCAGUUUAACGACAGUGACCAGUUUAAGGAUCCAGACCUGUACUCAGAUAAAUCGGACCGUGAGAAUGAGCAGGAGCAGGAGGAGUGGGAAAACGAGGUGAUGGAGAAAAGUGAAGAGAGCGACAGCGACACGUCAGAGCGACAGGAAGACUCAUACAUCGACCUCAAUCCCAACGAGAUGCUGCGGGAAACAACGUACAUCGAGCAGAGCCAUGAAGAGCUGGGAGAGGCUGGUGAAGCGGCUCAGACAGAGACGGUAUCAGAGGAGAAUAAAUCUCUGAUCUGGACUCUCCUGAAGCAGGUUCGGCCCGGCAUGGACCUGUCCAAAGUGGUUCUACCCACCUUCAUCCUGGAGCCACGGUCCUUCCUGGACAAACUGUCCGAUUACUACUAUCACGCCGACUUCCUGUCCGAAGCGGCGGUGGAGGAAAACGCUUAUAACCGUAUGAAGAAAGUGGUCAAAUGGUACAUUUCUGGAUUCUACAAGAAGCCAAAGGGUUUGAAGAAACCGUACAACCCCAUAAUUGGAGAAACAUUUCGCUGUUUGUGGAUCCACACCGAAACCAACAGCAAAACCUUCUACAUCGCUGAACAGGUUUCCCAUCAUCCUCCGGUUUCAGCCUUUUACGUCAGCAACAGGAAGGAUGGCUUUUGUCUCAGCGGCAGCAUCCUGGCCAAGUCCAAGUUUUAUGGAAACUCUCUGUCGGCCAUCUUGGAUGGUGAAGCCAGGCUGUCGUUUCUGAACAGAGGAGAGGAUUACGUGAUGAACAUGCCCUACGCACACUGCAAAGGUCUGUCCACACACACAGCUAACAGGACACAUCUAGCGUGUGAGAAGACGGGCUACAGCGCUCAGCUGGAGUUCAGACUCAAGCCGUUCCUCGGCAGCAGUGAUAGCGUGAAUCAGAUCAGCGGGAAGAUCAAGCUCGGGAAGGAGGUGCUGGCGACACUUGAGGGGCACUGGGACAGUGAAGUCUUCAUCAAUGAUAAGAAGACAGGUGAGAUGGAGACGUUCUGGAACCCAACGCCGGAGCUGAGGCAGAACCGUCUGAUCCGCUGCAACGUCCCUCCUGAAGAACAGGUCGAGGUUGAGUCCGAGAGGCUGUGGCAACAUGUGACACGGGCCAUCAAUAACAAGGACCAGACAGAGGCGACCAAUGAGAAGUUCAUCCUGGAGGAGGCUCAGAGGAAGGCGGCACGCGAGCGCAAGGCCAAGUGUGAGGAGUGGAUGCCCGCUCUGUUCGAGCAGGACCCGGUCACCGGAGAGUGGCAUUACCGCUACGCCGACACUCGUCCGUGGGAUCCGCUGAACGAUCUGAUUCAGUUCGAGAAAGACGGCUGUAUUCAGACCAAAGUGCGCCACAGGACGCCUAUGGUGACGGGACAAAAGCGGAAACAUAAGAGUGACAAACCUAAAAGUCCAGAAAGUGGCUGCUCGUCUCCGGAGCCGGACCGCCAGGACUCUUCAGGCAGCGAGAGGCACAAGAGCAAACACAACAGCCGCCUCAGAAAGAAAGGAACAGAUCUGAGUGAAAUCCAAAGUGCCAUCGAGUCGAUCAGACAAACCCAGGAAGACAUUAACAGGAGCGUCAAUGCUUUGAGGAGUCGAGUGGCGAGUCAGUCGUCGACGGAAAGCUCAUUCCUGACGCAUAGAGACGUGGCCAUCAUCCUCUUCCUCAUCUUCCUCCAGGUCCUUCUCAACUUCAUCUUUAAGUAACGGUCGAGAAUGACCCAGAAACCUCACUCCAUCCUUCAGUCAGUAUCGCCUCGCGACAGACGGUUUCGUUUUUUAUGGAUUUGUGUUGCGAUCGCUGCGAAAGGACGGCCAAUAUUGGACUGAAGUGCAUUGUGGGAUGUUUUAGAAAUGACUGUUUACUUUUAUUCUUCAAAACGAGGAAAUCUCAUCAGCCUCUUAACCAUUUAGACCAUUGUUUUAUUUAAUUUUAUUAAUUUUUAUCAGCGCCCCCUGCUGUAGCGGAGGACACCUGUCGAUAUACAAACCAAUUAUUAUAAAAUAAGCACAUUUCACUCCAGAUUCUCAUGACUAAAGUGCAAAAAAAAUCUGUUAUCCAAAAAAAUAUGAUGAAGUUUUAUUAGUAUUUGUACUUAAUAGUAUUCAAUGCACUGCCUGAUUUAAAUACAAUUUUACCGACCCGUUAUAGUAAUGAGAAUAUGGAAAUGCUGUCCUAAAACUAAAAUAUUUUAAUUUCUUUAAAUUUUUCGGGGACUGAAACACAACCUGGACAUUUUUCCCCAAGUUUCACUCGCAUAUAAAACUUAAAAGGGUUCAAUAUUUCUGAUGUUACUUGUAUUUUAUGUAUUUUUUUUAUUAAACGAAUGAAGGAUGUUUGGAGUUGAGGUCAGAUUUUGUAUUAUUUAAAACUGUUUCCAGGAACAAUUUCACUAUGAAUCUUAAUUUGAACAACACAGUAUGUGGAUCCUGCAUUUCAUACGUGUUUGAAGGUAAUAAUGUUUAAUUUAUUUGAACGAUAGUGAAAGCGUGUACAGUAUAGCGAGCGUCACAUUUAAUAUUACUCUGAGGAAACCGUAGAUCUAGGCGUAGUAAACCUGUAGCAGGAAAUACUGUUGCGUACUUUUGUAGUUGCUUGUCUCUCGUCUGCCACUGUUACGUCAGACUAGAUGUACGAUUAACAAGCCAAAUAGUCUGAGAGUAGAUUAGAGUGUAAACGUCACAUCUGUAUAUAGUAUAGAACCGAUUUCCUUUUGUACUUCUAGAGAAACGCCGUCACCUAUAGCCCACGUGUCUUUGUUCUGCGAGCAUUCGUUUGCUCGCACAGCGUCCAAUCAGAUGUUUGAAUGUGCUCACGUCCACAAUAACUAUUAAAAACCACGUGCCUUUCCAAGCGGGUCCUGCAGCCGGAGUUUGAGGGAUUUUGAGCCCGGCUGUUGAACUCCUACCAUGGUUUGUCUUUCUUUCUCACUUCGAGUGAAUGUGCCAUAUUUAGACGUUUGUGGCUCGGUGUUUUAGAUUCGUCCCGGAGCUCUUUAGCCAUGCGUCUGCCACUGAACCAGGGAUCAAACUCCACAUGCAUCGCGUUCAGCGUUCGUCUUCAUGCUUCUAGAUUGUUUUCUUUUUCUUUCUUUCUUUUUUUUGCCCCAGGCUCUUUUUAAAGCAUUUUUACUCCAGUUGAUCUUUGUUGGUUUUGUUUUUGUUUCCUGCAGUCUAUGUACAGAUGAUGCUUUAUUUGUAAUACAGAAAUAACUUCCUGUAAGUUUAUUGUCACCUGUGACAUAUCACCAAAUAAAUGAAAAAGACCGAA